GGAGGGGAGGGGAGGCAGGGGAGGGAGGGGCGGCGCGGAGGAGCUGUCCGCCUCGCACGUUUCCAAUCGCAUUACGUGAACAAAUAGCGGAGGGGCAGCGGGGCCAGAACGGCUUGUGUAACUGCAAACUUGUCAGAAAGUUUAAAAUCUCUCCCUCCUUCUACUCCAGACACUGUGCGCUCUCGCGGACCGUCGUGCGCCGCUCCCCGUCGCCUUCCAGGACUGGGAAAGGGGAGAGGAGGACGGUGCCACGUCCGACGGCCGCCUGGGCUGGGGGCAGGGUCUGCCGUUCGCCCUUGGCACGACUCCCUGCGACCAGUCCCCUCGCCUCGCCCUCCUCCUCCCCGCUCGCAGAAGAUCUGAGACCCCGUCUUCUUCUUCUUUUUUUUUUCUCUCCUAGCCACGUCCUCCCCGAGAAGGGACGAGCCGGGAGCAUCAUGCGCUUCGCCUGGACCGUGCUCCUCCUGGGGCCUCUGCAGCUCUGUCCCCUUCUCCGUUGCGCCCCGCCGAGCACCCGCGAGCCGCCCCCCGCCCCGGGUGCCUGGCGCCAGACGAUCCAAUGGGAGAACAACGGGCAGGUGUUCAGUCUGCUGAGCCUCGGGGCGCAGUACCAGCCUCAGCGACGCCGCGACCCUAGUGCCGCUGCCCCGAGAGCCGACGGCGACGCCGCCUCGCAGCCGCGCACGCCCAUUCUGCUGCUGCGUGACAACCGCACCGUCUCUGCCCGGGCCAGGACGCCGAGCCCGUCUGGGGUCGCCGCGAGUCGCCCCCGGCCCGCCGCUGCCCGCCACUGGUUCCAAGCUGGUUUCUCGCCGUCGGGGGCUCGCGAUGGAGCCUCACCACGGCGAGCGGCGAACCGGACUGCGUCGCCACAGCCUCCGCAGCUCAGCAAUCUGAGGCCACCCAGCCACGUAGAUCGCAUGGUGGGCGACGACCCCUACAAUCCCUACAAGUACUCCGACGACAACCCCUAUUAUAACUACUACGACACGUAUGAGAGGCCCCGGCCCGGGAGCAGGUACCGACCUGGAUACGGCACCGGUUACUUCCAGUACGGUCUCCCGGACCUGGUGCCGGAUCCCUACUACAUCCAGGCUUCCACGUACGUCCAGAAGAUGUCUAUGUACAACCUGAGAUGCGCUGCGGAAGAAAACUGCCUGGCCAGUUCAGCAUAUAGGGCGGAUGUCAGAGACUAUGACCACAGGGUACUGCUACGAUUUCCUCAAAGAGUGAAAAACCAAGGGACAUCGGACUUCUUACCAAGCCGCCCUCGGUAUUCCUGGGAGUGGCACAGCUGCCAUCAACAUUACCACAGCAUGGAUGAAUUCAGCCACUAUGACCUGCUUGAUGCCAACACUCAGAGGAGAGUGGCUGAAGGCCACAAAGCAAGCUUCUGUCUGGAGGACACAUCCUGUGACUAUGGGUACCACAGGCGCUUUGCAUGCACUGCACACACACAGGGAUUGAGUCCUGGAUGUUAUGAUACCUAUGCGGCAGACAUAGACUGCCAGUGGAUUGAUAUUACAGAUGUACAACCUGGAAACUACAUUCUAAAGGUCAGUGUAAACCCCAGCUACCUGGUGCCUGAGUCAGACUACAGUAACAAUGUUGUACGCUGUGAGAUUCGCUACACAGGACAUCAUGCCUAUGCCUCAGGCUGCACAAUUUCACCGUAUUAGAAAGAUGCCUGCUUCCCAGUGGAUAAAGCAGUACCUGGUGUUUGGACAUAUGGAAACCAUAGAGUAGCUUAAGUAGGAAGGAUUUACAUUUUUUAAAGGACAAACAGAAAACAACAAAGGAGGUUUUGUUUGGACUCUUUCACAACAAAUCACAUAUCUGGAUUUUGAGUGUUUGAAUCAGCAUUAUUUGGCAAAUUUUAGAUAUUCAUGUUGUUUUAUGAAUUAACAGUGUUUCAAUUCUGUGGGUGCAUCGUGGGCUCUUUCAAAGAACUCUGAACUUCUUAUCUUCUUUUGAAAUUAUAGUGCAAAUGAGAAAAUGAUAUUUUAAUGAGUGAGCCACAAUUUGAACUGAUUAUUUUCUAAAGUGUUGAAACCAGCGAAACGAUAAUGUGCUUAUAUUUGCCUCAACUUAGAUUGAUUCUUAAAAAGGUGUCCCUAUUCUGUAAACAGAAAUGAAUACACCUGGCUGAGGAAGGGUCAAACACCUGACUAUUGUUGUCAUGAAGUAUAGUUCUAGAGCAGAGAGAUGGCGAUAUAUGUAUUCAGAUAGUUACAUCCCUAUAUAAAAUUAUGUUUACAUUUUUAGAGUUACUAGAUAAUUUUCUUUCUGUUAAUUGCUUAAUUUCACUCUGACUUGAGUCAACUUGUUUUGGAAUGAAUUAGAUAAUUCCAAAUUCCUGUUCGAUACUUGUUUGCUAUAUGCCCCCACGCUGCUUAGUUUUUCUGUGGGCGGAAAUGUCUAAUGUGGCAAUCUUCACAUCACCAUUGUGAGGAUUCACAGCAGAGGGAAAUCAUUCCAAUGACAGGUGUGAUCAAUGGAGAGCUAGCAUGCCCUGCAGCAUAUUUUACUGUUAGCCACAAUUAAGUCACUGCUGACACGGCAAUUAUGCAAUGACUCACAACAUCACAACCAUAUUUCAAAUACUGUAAAAAAAAAAUACUGGAAAACCUUUUUAAAUUUUUUUCAACUCUACUCCACUUCUGAAAUGUUCAGCUAUUAAGGGGAAGGUUGAAUUUAUAUAUACAAAACCAUCCAUAAUAGAUGACCUACUGGGUGCAAUGCAGGCCAUUAUCCUAGACUCUUCAGGAGUUGGGUGUACACGUUUUUUGUGUAUUUACAAAAUACGGCCCAAUUAGUGAAGCACAUAGCAUUAUAUACUUGAGAGGUUGCCGAACAAGACGGAAGCAGGUCCUUUCUGCAAAAAUAAGGACCGUGCACCACAAUGAGACCGCUGUGACCUUACUUAAAACUGUGAAACUGUGAGCAGCAGUAGGAUACGGAGACUCUUAAAUUCAGAAGGUGCAGAAAGAAAUCAAGUUAGACUUUUGAGCUCCCGGUGCUUAUGCCGAAGUUUUCUUUCAUUUACCAGCAUUAAAAUCUCAAGUAAGGUAUCUCCUAUGCCAGGACAUGUCAGGUAGACCUUUUGAAGUGAGCUGGAAUCCUGUCUUAUGUGUAAGAGACUUGUAAGAGCAACAGUUGCUAAUCAUCUUGCUGUGUACUCAUUGCUGCAGAGCAAGUGGGAGGGGCCAGAGAUGGGCGGUCGCCAGGGGUGGAGAGCGCGGUACACAUUAUUUCUCAUCCGCCCGAAAACACACUUACCCAUAAGCGAAUACAGACAGAACUUUGAUUGAGCUGGUAUCUGAUCGAUAGGAUCGCUUCUUUGAUGUACCUCUUUGCCCUAGCUAGCGUUUCAGUUUUAAUACUGUAGAACGAUCUUUUCAAAUUAUAAUCAUUCUGAUAGAGAUAUUUUCAUAUACGUGCUUUUAAAAACAAAACAAAAACUACUGUCAGUGUGAAUACUGAGCCAGACUGGCGUACAUAGAUCUAACAUCUUGUCUUACUCUAUAAAAAAAAAAAUAUGGCUUUUAGAUAUAUAGGAUAAUGAUUUUAAUGAGACCCUUAUCUCUUUACUGAACAUUAUGUUAGGGACAGUAUAAGUUAAGCACUUACCUGCUACACAUUGGAAAAUAAAAUGUCUGUCCCCAAUCUUAAGCAGUAUGAAAAUUAGGCUCACCUUAUUUCAUUUUAACUGCUAAAAGUAUGCCUAUAGAAUUUAAAAUUUAAGCACUACUAUUUGUCAUGGCCAUAUUUUAUUUUCCAAAAAUUAAGUUAAAAGUUAUUAAUUAUAUACAUGUAUGUAUUGUAAUAAUUAAAAUACCUUUCAAAUCCAUGAAAUGUCUGCCUUUUAAAUGUAAUUUGGCUUUUUUGUUUGAUUUUUUUUUCAUUCAAGUAGCUGUCUAUUUGUAAACAUUUUUUUCCUUUUAACGAUUUAAAAGCACUUCCAAUUGACUUUAAAUCCUGACUUAGCUUCCAAUUUUUGAAGCAUCUGUUCUCUGUUUAAUUGGUGUAGAUUAAUGAUAAAAAAAAAUCCCAAGCUACUCUAACCAAACUCUAAAUUCCUAAAAGUACUAAGUGAGAGUGACACAAAGGUCAUCAAAGAUGGAAAAGAAGCUGGUCUUUACACUAAUGAAGGUCAUGAAGAAAUAGAAGACAGUAUAGUCAAUUCCACUCUUUGCCAUCUGAGUAGUAUCAUGAUAUGGAGACUGCAGGUUCCAUCUUCAUUGGGACCAUGGUAUAGCUUUCCUAGUUCCAGAAAAUUUUCUUUACAUUUUAUAUAAUAAUUUAAUUACAAUUUCCAUCAAAUUAUUCCUUAGACACUCUUUGUAACAGUUGUGUGUUGCUCUUUAAAAUAUUAACGUUAGACAAAUGUGUGGACGUCAUUCAUUAAAAUUUCCUCUCCAUUGAUCAUUAAUCUUCAGCAGAUUUUAUGAAAAUAAUGAGCUCUUAGGAAAUAUUUUAGAAAUAGUUUUGCUAACAGCAUAUUAAGUAAUAACACUACCCACUUUAUGUAUGUUUCAUUUGUAAUUCACGUACACAAUAAUUUAAAAACAAUCAAUGAUUUAAAUUUUAUCCCCAGCUACCCAAAGUUCUAGCCAACUUUUGAACAUAGAUUUUGUUAGCCUUCAAGUUUAAACGGUGCUGAAUUUUCUUAACUUGAAUGUAAAAACAGAUUAAGGUUUAGCUCAUGGGAUACAAACUUUAAUAUAUGACUGCUUGCUGCGUACUAGGGGCAUGUCAUUUGCUGUUAAAUUGUCUAUAAUAAAGUUCAGUUUCUCUCA